CAUGGCUCGCCAACUCACAUUUGCAGCUCUAGCUACGCUCCUCAUGGCGGCGUCGUCCGUCGUCUCACUCUCGUCUGCCCGCGACGCCAUCCACGGCGCCGUCGGUGCGGAGGAAUCCCACCAUAUGCACAUGUACAUGCACGACUUCUCCACGGGCCCCAACCCCAGCGCCGUUGUGGUCGCCCGCGGCACCGGCCCGACGCUCAGGCGUUCCGUGGACAGGCGCUUCGGCGACACGCUGGUCAUGGACGACGCUCUCACCGACGGCCCCGGCCCGGCGUCCAGGGCACUCGGGCGCGCACAGGGGUUCUAUGUCGCGGCGUCAUCCGCGGGCGGCGACCCCGCGGUGCUCGUCUCCAUGAACGUGCUGCUCACAAGUGGGCCCUACAAUGGGAGCACGCUGGCCGUGUCGGGCCGCAACGCCGUGAUGGCGCAGGUCAGGGAGCUCUCGGUGGUCGGCGGCACGGGGAGGUUCAGGAUGGCCAGGGGGUACGUGCUCAUGAAGACGGCGAGCUGGAGCGGCAAUGACGCGGUCUUGGAGCUCGACAUCUUCGUGUACGCGUGACUUGGGGCUUUCUUUUUUGACAUGGACUUGGGACCGUCGACAUCCAAGGAAUUAUCUAUCGGCGAUGCGUCCAUGCAGGGGGCUCCCAUGACUAAAUUAGUUGCGCGCGUGCGUUUUUUUCUUCCAUCAGUGUUUUGCUCUCGAAUAAAGUUGGUACCCCGUUUUUUCUCCCAAAAGGGAAACGGAGCUUGGGGCCUUUGUAUCGAGUAAUGCACACCGUCUCUCAUUGAUUAAGUUGCAAAAUUCACCA